AUGAAACCCGAACUCUCGGACAAGAUUAAAGAGGAAGUGAUGAAACUUCUUAAAGUUGGCUUUAUUGAAACCAUUCCUUACGCGGACUGGAUUGCUAACAUCGUCCCCGUCAUAAAGAAGGACGGGAAAAUUCGAGUGUGCGUGGAUUAUCGGGAUUUGAAUAAAGCAAGCCCGAAAGAUGAUUUCCCUCUACCACACAUCGACGUAACGGUUGAUAGCACAGCGGGGUUUGAAUUGUUUUCGUUUAUGGACGGGUUCUCCGGAUACAAUCAAAUACCGAUGAAGGAGGAAGAUAAGGAUAAAACUUCAUUCACCACCCCUUGGGGAAACUUUUGUUACAAGGUCAUGCCUUUUGGGCUAAGAAAUGCCGGGGCAAUGUAUCAAAAGGCCAUGGCAUUGGAGAAGAUCAAACAGUAUUUGAUUUCCCCACCAGUCUUGGUACCACCUAUUCCAGAAUACCCGCCGACAUUAUAUUUGACGAUCCAUCAAGAGUCGCUAGGAGCAUUGUUGGCACAAACCAAUCCUAAAGAUGGAAAAGAGAGAGCCAUUUACUACCCGAGCAAAAAGUUCACCACCUCAGAAAUGAAUUAUUCUCCCAUCGAAAGGACCCGUGUUGCAAUAGUUUGGGUACUUCGCAGAUUGAGGCAGUACACUCUGCAUUAUCACAUUCAAUUGGUGACAGAGAAUGACCCGAUUAAGUAUCUGCUAGAAAAACCAACAUUGGUUGGGAAACUAGCCAAGUGGCAAGUGAUGUUGUCAGAGUUUGACAUAAGAAGUUCACCUCAGAAAUCUGUUAAGGGACGCGCUAUAGCAGAUUUGCUAGCGUAA